AUGAAGAGUAUCACCUUCGAAGAAAGCCUCGAGCUAUGGCAGAUCGCGCCCGAUGUCUACGAGAAUGUACAUCCUGCAUGGACGUGGCCCGGCGGCGCGGUCGUCCCCGGAGGACUUCUCAUGGCGAUGGGUAGCGCGGCCGCUUACAAGACUUUGCCUGAGGGUUACGCUCUCGACAACUUACACUGCCAAUUUCUGUCCGGCCCGAAGCCAGAUGUUCCUUUCCAGUACCAUGUCCAGCGCCUUAGUGAUGGCCGGAGGUUCAUAACAAGGUCAGUGAUUAUACAACAAAACAAACGCAACAUGGUCUCUCUGACCAUCGUGUUCGCGAAUGCAUCUCCCUGGAACGGCCCGGCCAUGAAGCACACCGUCAGCCAGGUUGGAAAGCAGAGGAUAGAGCAUAUCACCAUUGACGACCUGGAAAAGGGGCGAGGGCCUCUAGGGUCUUUCAUGAAGUUUCAGAGACUGCCACUCAUCCACGCCAGCCCUCAAGAGCCGAACACGUCUGUCGAGCCCGUUGUAGCGCAUAUCAUCGGCCCCAUCAACUCCCCAGUCGGAAGCAUUCCUCAUGUUCUCGGCCUCCUGAAUCUGUCCGACUACCACGUCCUAGGGGCAGCACCCGCUCUCCAUGGCAUAGAUGUCGGUCUCCCAGCGAUAGGCGACGCCUCCGGCGAGCGGACUCAGAUGAACUUCAAGCUCUACACAUCGCUCAACCACACAAUACACAUCCACUCGCACGACUUUCGGGCGGAUGAAAUGACAUACAUCGAAGUAACCUCACCCUGGACAGGGGACGGACGAGCUCUAGCACAGUCAAGGAUCUUCUCCAAGCACGGCAGGCUAAUAGCGUCGUGUGUGCAAGAAGCCUUCUACGUUAUGAAGCCAGACGCAAAGUCACACUUUGCGAGCAAGCUCUGA